UCGGCAGAGUUUCCUGAGGCAGCGAGAGAAGAGAAGAGAAACAUCGAGCUGCUCGCCAGAAGAAAUGCAUCCAAAGUCAAGGUUGAGCUGUGUAAAACUCUAUCUGUGUUCCAACCCAGCAGACAGUGCAGAGGAGCGUGCGGCUCUGAGGCGGACCGUGUUCCCCAAAUUCACAGAACACUGCAAACAAACAUUAGGCGUUGACGUCAGGGUGAUAGAUCCGUUUGAAUCCAGUGACCCCAGUCGCUGGCCAGAUGAACGCAGAAGACUGCAACUGAUACAAGAGUGCAGACAGAGUUCUGCCGGACCCUUUUUACUGGCCUUGGUCGGCCACCAGUAUGGCAGGCGCGGCCUCCCCGCACAGGUGCCAGUGUCAGAGUUCCAGCUGCUGCUGCAGGAGAGCCAGAGCGCUGGCGUCAGCACCAGGGCUCUGGAGAGAGUCUAUCAGCGAGACGAGAACACCGAGCCCCCUUCAUACUGUCUUCGCAGACCCUCUCAUCAGCCUGAUGCAGCAGGGAAGAGUGAGGAGACGGAUGAAGAGAACCUGACAGAAGUCUUCUUCAGCGCUGUGAGUCGGAGCGUGGCAAAUGGACUGCUGUCUCAACAAAGGGCCAAGCGAUUCACACAGUCAGCGCUGGAGGCGGAUUUGCGGUUUGCUCUGGAGGGUCGUCCUCCUGAUGACGUCAUCGGACGAUGUUUGGUUUACAUCAACAAUGUUGUCAAUGCGAACGGUGACAGGGGGAAGAAACAGAGCAGUUCCAGCCUGCAGCAGGAGCCAGAGAGCCCCGACCAGUUACAGUCUCUGACCCAGCUAUGUGAGGACUUUCUUCGUGGGCUCGUCACAUCCUGCGAGCUCUUGGUCUACACCACCACCACCGAGUGCGACCGUCGCUAUGGUUACACCGCAGCCAGAAGGCGGAGCUAUGCUGAGUCUCUUUGCCAACAGGUGUAUGUGGACUUGAUCGGCCUGAUGGGCCACUUCAGGCACCCGGACCUCUGGGAGGAGGGCUCGACCCACCAGCAGGAGGAGCUGUGUCACGUCCUGUCCACCUCAUAUGAGAUCACACGUCCAGAGGAGAAGGAGAUCAGAGCGUAUGUGAUGCAGAGUGACCAGCGUCUCCCCCUGGUGGUCACAGGAGGACCAUGUUCUGGGAAAACGGUGCUCCUUGCUCAUUGUGCUCAACAGAUAAAGUCCUGUUUUCCAGACCAGGAUCCUGUUGUGUUGACUCGUUUUUCUGGCUUCAUGGAUGAGACCUCCCCAAAGAAUCUGCUGAUCGACUUGUGUCACCAAGUCACUGCACAAUACUGCGGAAGCUCUGACCACCUGACUCUGGCUGAAGGGACAGGUUCCCCGGCAGGCUGCUGGCUGAGCUUCUCAAGUCAUGCAGAGGUGACAGAAAGCCUCUGGCUGCUCCUCAGCAGCCUGCCGUCUCCACGCCAGCCCUUAGUUCUGAUCUUAGACGGGUUGGAUCAGUUUGGAAUGACCUUUGCGACGGCAGUGAUGGGGGGUUUUCCCUCCCCGCUCCCUCCCAUGGUCAAACUCAUCAUCACGGUCUCCUCCAAACACUCGGAGGCCUUUAAAACUCCUCUGCAGCACCAAGCUCCAGGAUCUGUGUGUUUGCCUCUUGGGCCAGCAGAGCGGAAACAGUGUGUGUCCAUGUUAACCACCGCACUGCACCGUACGGGGAGGAGGGUGACGUCGGGGCAACAGGUGCUGGUGAACCAGGCGCUCACUUCCUGCUGUCUCCCUCUUUACGCUCGACUGCUGCACGUGCUCACCGCGCUGUGGCCUUCUGACCUUGACGUGUCCAGCUCAUCUCUGCCUGACGGCGUCCACUCGUCCAUAUCCGCGCUGCUGGACCACCUGGAGACGAAACACCGCCACUCCCUGGUGUCACGCACCGUCUCGUACCUCACUCUGUCGAGGGCCGGGCUGACAGAGGGCGAACUUUAUGAUCUUUUGUCCAGUGAUGUAUUGGUAGAGCAGCAGACUCAUUCAUCUGAGCUCCCUCAAGUUGAUUUAGAGAUGCUUCUGCUUGAUCUGAAGAGCUUUGUCAUCCGGAGGCACGUCGCAGGCAUGCAGGUUUUGACCUGGGUGAGCCGCCAUUUUGGUUUAGUCGUGGCUAAACGCUAUUUUACGUCUGAAGAGGCCACAGAAACGAUGCAUUCCAUCAUGGCGGACUACUUUAGCAUUGGCUGGUUAAACCCUCACCCUGCAGUGCCUGAACUGAACCAGGACGGCAGCCGACAAUGGGAGGAGUCGAGGUCACCCUGCCAUCAGGCCGUCUCCAGGAAAGUGGUGGACUUUGUCUAUCAUCUGCAAAAGAGCGAUCGCCAAGCUCUGACGGAGGCACUGAUGGUGUCAUUUGAGUUUCAUCAAGCUCUGGUGGAGGCAGGACUUUUGAGGGAGCUGGUGCGCUUGAUCAGGAGCCACACAGACUCGCGAGAGGGAGCAGUUCUAGCAGCCGUGCUCACGUCUUCUGCCUGCACCCUGCAGAGAGCGCCUCACAAUCUCAGCACUGCCAUGGAAACCAGCCUCCUCCCCUACCUGGGAGUCUUGAGGCUCCGCAGGUAUGUGACUGAGAUCUGUCAGGUGACGAGAAGGCGCAGCUGUUUGCUAGCUGUCCUGCUCUCUCCUGCCCCCUCCAGCGUCCCUCCUAUUGAGCGCCUUCUACCUGAUGCUGGCUUUUCAGACGUGGCACAAGCAGCAGGGACUGAGAAUGGAGUUGUUGUGGAAGUGAUGGCCGACGGCUUGGCUUGGUUCUGGACUGGUCCAGAUCGCCGUCUUUCUCCAGUGAUUCUGGACUGUGAGCAGACUGACGUGAAGCUUGCUGGUGUGAAAAGCAGUGAUCGGUGUUUGCUGCUCUACACGCGAUGCAACAGAUUGUUUUUUUGGGAUACUCUGGCUGCAGAUACCUUCGUGGAAGUGAAGGAUGCUAUGCCAUCGGAAGCAGGAGGUGUCACACUGAACACAGUGGCAGGGUUUGCUGCGUGUCCAGGGAGCUUCUGUGUGUGGUGGAGAGAUGAGAGCUUUGCUGUUGUGUUCGACUCUCACAGUGAGUCUGUGACACACCUCCACUGUCAGGACACUGUGACGUGUGCUGCGCUCCCUCCUGACGGUUCCUAUGUGUACUGCGGACAGGAAAGCGGAACCAUUUCUAUAUUCGACAUGUUGACUACGAGUUUAGUGAGCAACUGUUCCAGCACAGAGAAUGUGGGAGUAGCUUUAAUAAUCUUGUCUGCAAGCAUGCAAGAGGUGGCGUGUGUAGGCCAAACUGGAAGUGUGACUGUUUGGGCCGUUGAAACACAACCACCCCGGCGGGUCAAGGAGAUUUUUUCUGAAUCCAGAGAAAUCCUCCACACAGACUAUCUGGAAGACAUCUUGACUUUGUUGCUGUGUCAGCGAAACCAGGUGGCAUUAUGGGAGACGUGCACAUGGGAGAUGAGUGACCAGUUCAUGGCUCCACCAGGUAAAGCCUUCGCUCAGGCUGUGCUCUCCCUGGAUGGCCACCUGCUGCUGGCUUUGUUGGACUCGUGUGCCGUGGUGUUAGUGUGGCAGGUGGCCACUGGAGAGUGUGUCCUCUCUUUGGACUCGAGCGAUCGGCCGGUCAAACUCCUCCGAACUCUCUCUGAUAUCAUAUGCGUCACUGCUGAUGGCAGCCUCUCUGUCUGGGACUCCGAGAUGAUAAGUGCCGCCGGCGCAGCUCCAAGAAUGAGAAGCGCUGUGAAAGACGUGGUGGUGGAGCGCUUGGGUCAGUGGUUCUACACCUCAGACGGUUCCGAGGCGGUGUGGAGGUGGACCCUGAAGUCAGGUAGGCCUCAGGACAGUUUCCUGCAUGACAACCCGGUGGAAAAAGUCCGACUGUCUUUGAGCGGCGCUCACCUUGUCACCCUCUCAGCUGGGGAAAUCUAUAUUUGGCACACAGAAACGGGUCAGAACACUUGGAGGAUCAGUGGCAGCGCAGCUUCUGAUGUUUUGAUCGCUCCAAAUUGCAAGUUUGGUGUGAGCCUUUCGGAGCAGGGGCUCUCUCACGUCUGGAAGCUGGCUCACGGGAGCGUGGUAUGCAGCAUGAACUUGUUCCUAUCUCCUGCCCGGAUCACAGCGGAGAGCACUUUCCUCGUCGGUCUUCGCUGUGGAGAUCUGAUCGCUGCCAGUCUCUGGUCAGGCAUGAUAAGUAAACGCUUCUCUUGUGUCGCCAGCUCACAGCAUGUUGUGGCUUUUGAAACACUGACCGCUCACCCAGACUUUGUGGUGGUGAUGGUCGCCUCUGGUGGGAUGUACACCUGGAAGGUGUCAGAAGACACGCUGUGCAAGCACUUCCAGUUACCUGACAUGCUUCACUGUCAACCAGAUGCCUUCCAGAUGUCCUCCAACUUUGCUCUCCUGUCCACUGAGAACGAGUGCAUCCUUCUCUUGGAUUUAUCGGAAAGCAGACUCCUCACGCUUAAAGUGGAGGGUGGUGUUCAGAAAGCCUGCUUGGACAGGGCAGGACGCUUUGCUGCUUACGUGUCAGAAGAUACCACCUGCUCCCAGCAGGUGAGGCCAGUUCUCACCGUGGUUCGGCUUGUGGACGUUCAGAGAAUGGGCAGCGUGGUGCUGGCAAAGAGACUCUCCGCCCUGGUUUGGUCGGAGCUGCCGUGUGUGUUUGUGGGAUUUGAGGACGGGUCAGUCGCCGUGUAUACGGUCUCUGAUCUCAUAAACAAACCAGGGUUUUGCGGACACCAGGACCGUUUUGACAGAACUGUGAAUGGUUGUCCUUUUGACAGAGAGCUGAGCAGGUGGUUCCCACUGGCCAGAGCUAAUAAGAUGUGGCCAAAGUACAGUUCAGAUGAAUGUAACCCUGGGUGUCACACUGCAAGAGACUUGGAACUCCUUAAAUAAAUGUUGCUUAAGAA